AUGGGCAUCCUGUCCCUCAUCACCGGGAAGCCGGGCGCCAGCGGGUUCGGCUCGGGCUCCACGGCGGAGCAGGUCACCGAGGACAUCUGCGCCGCCGGCCUCACCGUCGUCGUCACAGGAGGAUCUAGUGGCAUUGGUCUAGAGACCUCGAGAGUCUUUGCCCUGAGAGGAGCCCAUGUCAUCAUUGCUGCGAGAAACACAGAGGCUGCAUCAGAGGCAAAGAAGCGCAUCAUGAAGAUACACCCAGUAGCCCGUAUCGAUGUUCUGAAGCUUGACCUUAGCUCCCUCAAGUCUGUCAGGGCCUUCGCUGACCAGUUCAACGCCAUGAAUCUUCCUCUAAACAUCUUGAUAAAUAAUGCAGGUGUGAUGUUCUGUCCUUUCCAACUGUCUGAAGACGAAGUGGAGAUGCAGUUUGCCACAAAUCAUCUUGGUCACUUCCUACUGACCAACCUUCUCCUUGAUAACAUGAAAACCACUGCCAAGUCCACGGGUAUUGAGGGUCGCAUUGUGAACUUGUCAUCAGUUGCCCACCUCCAUACAUAUCCAAAGGGGAUUCUGUUUGAUCAGCUCAAUGACAAGAAAAUAUACAAUGAUAAAAUGGCCUAUGGACAAUCUAAGCUUGCAAACAUACUGCACGCAAAAGAGCUCUCUAGGCGGCUCAAGGAGGAAGGAGCCAACAUCACAGUUAAUUGCGUUCAUCCUGGAUUGAUCAUGACCAAUUUGAUGAGGCAUUCCUUUGCUCUCAUGAGCAAUUCAACUUGUCACCUACUUGUUCUGGAAGAAUGUACCUCAGGAGCAGCAACCACUUGUUAUGUAGGGCUCAACCCUCAGCUGAAGGGGGUGACAGGCAAAUACUUUGCUGACUGCAACGAGGAGAAGACGAGCGCGCACGCGAAGAGUGACGUCUUGGCGAAGCAACUCUGGAGUUCAGCGAGGAGCUCAUCAGAUCCGCAAAAUGAGUACUCAGAAUAG